GAACAGAAUGUAAUUGCCGAAUCUGACAUUUUUUUUAAUUUGGACAAACUUUUAAAGCUACACCUGGGAAUUCAGCAUGUUUCAAUCCAAACUGCCUGUGUGUAAAUCUUCCCAAAAAGUGUGUAGGAAAUCCACAACUCUUCAUAUGUGUCAUUUAUCCCCCAUGUGUGUAAUAAUGUUUGUCAUAUUUGAUGUAAAUGAUGGCACUUUUCCCUGAGCCACCUCACACUCCUGACUGAAAGAAAUCCGUUUAUGAGUUCUUCAUAGCUAGUCACACAUGCCAGUAUGGGAUCAAUAAUCUGAAAUGUGUCUGUAUUUAGUUUGUGGGAUAUUUUGCACAUCAUUUAGAAGGUUGCCACGUUUUUCCCACCCAUAUUUACUUGUGUUUGCAAGGGGAAUAUACUUUGCUGUAGCAGAUUUUAUGUAACAAAGGAUAUGUCACUAUAAUAAAUUCUUUUUAUUAAAAACAAUUAUUGUGAUGAGAGAGAUUGCUGUACGUGUAGUAAUUGCACAGAUGUAGUUCAGCAUGUGGCUGGUCGUGCUGAAUUACAAACGGUGUUAAAACUGUUUAAAAAACUUCACUUCCCAUGAUUCUCUGCUGUCAUGUGGGCGAAGGAAGCUAAACCGAUGAAGAAGGGCUAGUUGGCUUUACUUGAUUAAAUCUUGAUUUUAUCAAAUAAAUAUCGCCAUUUCUUUGUUUGUAAAAUAUUUCAGUGAUUAGACAGCUUUUUGUUAUGUAAAGGGCGUGUAUAGCUUGUACGAACUGUUGUUGUGAAGCAGGAAUCAUCUAAAAUAAGUGAAGACAUCCGGUGAAUGCCAGACUGCGAAAGAAAAGCAAUGAUGGUGUUUGAGCUGCCAACACACUGAGUACUCCGAGAGAAGACAUCUGAUGAAAACUUACUGCAACGUUACUGACUCCGGCAUGGAAGACAAGGCAAAUGGCUCUGUUGACACCAAAAGCCCAGUGGAGAACGGUCAGCUGCCGGACCCUGCCAACUGGGGGGUCGCUGACGUCGUCAAUUACUUCAAAGCAACAGGGUUUGAGGAGCAAGCCACGGCUUUCCAGGAUCAGGAAAUCGAUGGCAAGUCCCUGCUCCUGAUGACUCGCAACGACGUCCUGACAGGGCUGUCAAUAAAGCUCGGCCCUGCACUGAAAAUCUACGAGUAUCACGUGAAGCCGCUGCAAACUCAACACCUGAAGACAAACGCCUCGUAGCACCGCAGGCUGUCAGUACACCCACCUCAGUGACAAUCAUCGUGUCAGGAGACCCCAGGUUAGCUGCCGCUUCACAAAGACUCCUCUGGCCACAGUGGCACCUUAACAGGAUUUGAAUGCUGUAUGUUUUUAUAAGCGUGGACCCCAAAAUGGGUUGCACAUGGAGUCCACUCCGCUGUUUACCCUUUCAGCCAUUCUUAUUUCUGCUGCUUGAGAUAUGUAUUUUUAUUUGUUGUGUGUUUUAUUUAAAAGAAGGAAAUUUGGGGAGAACGUGAUUUUGUGUGUAUGUGUGUGUACAUAAGUGUGUGUUUGUGCGUGUGUGCAAAGUGAAUCAGCUUUUGUUGGUUUAAAAAAAGACAAGUAUUUGUAUAUAAGAUGAUAUAUAUAGUUGAAAACUGUGUAUGUUCUGUUGUACCUAAAUACUUUGAUACAUGCAGAAAAUGAUUCUGCUGCAUCCUAUUUUGCCCUAAAAUCAUUUUUUAUGCCCUAAACUGCGCAGCUGAGUCCAUUAGUCAUCCUUAGCAUGCAACAAUGAAGCAUUUUGUUUUUCCAGACACUAGGAGCCGACCGAAAGCCACUUUGUUCCUGCACACCUACAUCAUCUAGCCCCAGGGCUCUUGAUAUGAAAAUAUUUGUGGAUAUAUUCUUAUUAUGUUCCUACCUGUGGUGCUUUCAGCAUUGUCGCAAAGACAACUGUAUUGAAGUUUGUAUGACCAAUGUAUAUGUGCAACAUAACACUGGAGUUUGAAUAUCUGAAUCAAAGAUUUGCAAUAAACGGUGCUCUUUUCUCACCAAAGAACAUUAUUAGUUAAU